UGCACCAAAUUAAUAAUCGACUCGUAUGGUUUAACCAACAACGAAUUACAACCUGGCAUACAUCACAAGGAAACAUUAAUUGGACGCAGACAUUACAAUAUAUCACCUAUGGUGAAAGACCACUAGCUCUAAAUAUGGAUCCUUAUUCCUCAGCUAUAAAAAAUUUCAAGGUCAAACUGAUCUCAGAAGAACUGCCUGUCUACCUUCUGCUCCAUUGGAGAAACACAACAAAGUAUCCCGAUUAUCGUUGCCCAAGAUGCUUCAAUGGACCAGAAGACAUUAUGCAUCUGUUAAUCUGUAUUCGGAAUAACCUACAUCUAACAACUCUAAUCACACAAGUAGUACAAGAAACCUUUCGGAAAUUAGAGAUACCUCAUCUUGGUUUGGACACCUUCAUCCAAAGUUUCAUCAACCUCCAUAUUAACAAAAAAAUGCCCCUUGGGAUAAUUAACGAUGAAACACUAGCACUCUUUGAGAAGAACAAGGAUAAACAUAAAUACACACCUCUGAUUCAUCAUAAUAUUAUCUCUGCAAUAUAUAAAAAAGUAUGGCUCAUAUCCAGAGCAACAAAGCACAAUCCUAUCUUCCCGCCACCUCCUCCACUACAACUUCCCGUUUUACAUAAAACUAAACCACUUACACCUACACUUAUAUGUAACAAGCUUAAUCAAUAUAUAACACAUGGACAGUCUUCUCUUAACUUCCUCAUCAAAGACUAG